GAGGCCGACGUCGGACGCUUCUCGACGCAAGAAUGGCAGGCAUUUGUGUGUCGUUAUAGAAACCGCGAUUGGACACAGUGACAUCAGCUCAAAACAGAUAUCAAUGAUUGAAGGUUGCUCUCAUUCACGACUUUGUCGUAGUUGAAAUGUUUUCUUAUUUUCAUAGAACUGACUUAAGUUUGUGUGUGUAAAUAAUAUAAUACGCGACAACGAAUUAUUACGUUGAAAGAUAUUAAGAUAUAUACUAAUUUCAAUAGACUUCAUUAAUGCCACUUAUUAAUAACAGUGUCAGUGGCAAUUUUGAGUGUUUCCAGAAAAAAAUAUGCAAAUUAUUUUUAAAUGACCUGUUCUGAAAAUAAGAGUUUAAACAUUAUGGACUAAUUAUAAAAGGGAAAGAAAUAUAUUGGCGGACAUUAACAUUUUUAUUUAUUUCAUAAGUUUAUAGAAAAUAUAUUAUAUUUAGCAUAAUACAUCGGCAAUUUAACCUCAGUAAUGUCCUUUCAAAGAUAUUCUUGUCAUUACAGUUCUGCAUAGUUUCUUUUGUCAUACCAACUUCUUAAAUAUUGAACUAGUUCUUCUUUUAAUUAACCCGUUAUAGAAUAAACAGUAUCGACAGUGGUUACAUAGAGGUUUUAGUACAUGUAACUGGCAGCUAGUUGCCACACAGUUGCUCGCUUACUGUACACGACACCAAGGUUUGUUUGUUUGUGUACGAAUGUGUGUCUUAAUUGUGUAAAUACAAGGCUUGUGUUUCGUCUUCAGUGCGUCAGUCACUUGUUUCAGAUGUUGCUCUUACUAUCACCAACAAGUGUAGUCUCAAAACAAUAGUGAAACACGUAAGUACAACGCGGUUAUAUCUAGUAUAUGUACGAGUCUCAUAUGACAAUUAAUUGUGACUUUAAAAAACGAAUAUAUACAUGUGUGUGGUCUUUAUGUUGAACGAUUUCGUAUGAAACACAUGGAUAUGUAAUGCUGUUUGGACACAAGUUAAUAACUGUGAUCUCACAUGCUUAAUGAUGGAACGAAAUGUUGAAAGUCACAUCGGCACGUGACUGAUGAUUUUCGAGAUAACAAAAAUGUAGUGAAUUUUUGACAUUUUCAAAUUAACUCUAAAUUGGUUUAAUAUGAAUUAUAAACCAUAAUAUGUGUAAUACAUGCAAAGAAACGAUAAUAUAAUGGUGCAUUUUGGAUAAACAAGGAAUUAAUUUUGGUGCCGUAAAAUAAGAGAUUGUACAACUUUUAUAUUUAGUAGUCGGACAUAUUGAAAAUUUGUAAAUUCUUCGGGUGUAACUCAGCUAGCGUCGUUUUAUAUAUGUUGCAAACUUUGAAAAUAGGAGAAAACAUUUUAUUUGUUGGUAUAAUAAAAUGUUUGAUUUUUAUAAAAGGCAUUUUGGCUGCUUAAAAUAUAACAUGAUGUAAUGUCGAGGGUUUAUUGAACGAACCUAAAAUGAAAUUAUAUGGAAUAUUAAUUUAAACAUUAUAUCAGAACACAAAAUAUACUUCAUGGAAUUUAAUUUUACGUACAUAAAUAUUUAAUCCAGCGUUUGAAGAGUUCAGUAUUUCUUCAGAUAUAUGAUGAGGAAUGUUCUGGUUCUGCUUUUAUGUAAAUUCAAAAUUAAUUCUCGUAUCAUAAUUACAGAGACAAUUCAUGUCAAGCUUUAGUCUGUGUAGUGACCUACGGACUUCUGAAGUGAUUUCGAAACAACCUGUGACAUCCCCAGGGUAAUAAAUAUCAAAAUGAUGUAUGUUCAGUAAUGUAGGCAGUUGGCACGGAUCUGACAAUUCACAACCGAUGAGCAACAAUGCCAUCGAUUAGCAUGGAUAAAACCACCCCAACCCCCACGCAGUGCUUCGGGCGUAUAAGUUAUCAUUAAAAUUGUCAAUGACAAUGCGUGUGUCUGUGGUUGUAUAAAUCAGUUUGUCUGCAAUCUCCACGAAUUGUAAACAGUACAGCCCAAGUCAUAGAAGAACAAAGUAGCCGGAGUGAGACAUAUAGAAAUACCAACAAUAAACAACUGUCGAAAUGACAACAGAAAACACGGGAACAAGUAACAAUCAGAUGACGAAUGCAACAAAAUCAUUAUUAUCCAUGGUGAUAUCAUCAUCAUCAUCAUCAUCAUCAUCUUUGUUAAGAGGCGAUAAUGACCACAGCGAAGAGUGGAAUGAAAAGUUUGUUCAGUCAAAUCAACAACAGCAACAACAACAUUUUGAACAUAAAAACGAAACAAAACAUAAUAUACUGUCAUCUGUUGAUGGAUGGACAACAUUCAACGUUUCUAAUAACUACGCAACAAUGACUUCAACUAUCAACAAUACAAGCGAAGAUAUAUCGACGUUCUUACACAAUGCCUUUUACAAUAUUUCUUUGAAUUCAACAAAUUCCGUUGUGUUUUUCGCUGAAGAUGUUGGUGAUUAUUUUUUAAAUAGUAAUAAUGGUUUUAACAGUACGUUUGGGGUGCAGAGUGUGAUGGGCCUGUUUGACCCGCAAUCGAAUUGUAAUACGUCGUGGAUAAACAGUUCAUGCAGCAAUGGAACAUUAGGUGACGUGGCGUCGGCCUAUAAUUACUGGGCCCUCAUUCUUGUGCUGUUUCCCAUCUUCACGCUGUUUGGUAACGUCCUGGUCAUCAUGGCUGUGUGCAGAGAGAGAACCUUGCAGACUGUCACCAACUAUUUCAUUGUCAGCCUCGCCAUAGCUGAUCUCCUGGUGGCCGUAGUUGUCAUGCCUUUCGCGGUCUAUGUCUUGGUGAACGGGACUUGGGGGCUUCCCAGUUUCGUGUGUGAUUUCUACAUCGCCAUGGACGUGACUUGCAGUACCUCCUCCAUCUUUAACCUUGUCGCGAUCAGCAUAGACAGGUACAUCGCAGUGACGCAGCCCAUAAAAUAUGCAAAACACAAGAACAAUCGUCGGGCAUGGCUGACCAUCGCGCUGGUAUGGGUGAUCUCCGCAGCGAUAGGCAGUCCCAUUGUACUGGGCCUGAACAACACGCCAAACCGCCUCCCCGACCUCUGUCUUUUUUACAACAGCGACUUCAUCAUAUACUCCUCCCUCUCAUCGUUCUACAUCCCCUGUAUCAUCAUGGUGUUUCUCUACUACAACAUCUUCAAGGCGCUAAGGAAUCGGGCGCGAAAGGCCAAAGCAGCAAGGAAGCCGAACCUGGCGGAUAUCAAGCCAGGGUCAGUGAUAGAGAACAUCGCUCAAACCCGACGGUUGGCCGAGACCACACUGGGACCGACUCUGAUGGCGCCUUCAUCAGGAAUGGAGGAGGAACGCCCCACCAACACAGGAAGCGGUAGUCAGGAAGAAGAAGAAGAAGUUGAGAAGGACGGAGAGCGAUCACCUGGGUCAGACGACUGUCAUAUCAUUCCAAAUGAUAAGUCGACGGAAUUCAUACUGGCUACAGUAGCAGAAGAGUCUGUUGUUGUGGCCAGGCUCGCUUCCCCAGCUGCAGCUGUGCCUGACCCCAAUGGCAAUAAUGACUCCGGUUAUGCAGCUUCCAAUGUUGAGGAGAUAGUGCUGCAGGCAGCUUCUAGCCCCAGCAGCCCACGAAGGCGGCCAAUGACACAGCAAGAGGACAGGCAGAAAUCGCAGGUUCGUCGGAAUGGAGCAGCUGCUGUCAACGAUCAGCAGACAAAUAGCCCGGUGCAGAAGGGUACAACAUCCGUUCGCACUUGCACAGAAGUUGAACUUCCAGAGGAGGAAACUCCUAGCACCGGGGUGACUGGCUCCAAGAAGGAACGUAAAAGUACAACCAGUUCCAGAUUCACAAUCUACAAAGUGAACAAAGCGAGUCGCAAGAAACGGGAGAAAUCAUCAGCUAAGAAAGAACGAAAAGCUACCAAAACCCUCGCUAUUGUUUUGGGCGUGUUCCUGAUUUGCUGGGUGCCAUUCUUCACUUGCAACAUUCUGGACGCAAUGUGCACCAAAUUAUCAUUAGACUGCUCACCAGGUGUCACAGCUUUCAUCUUGACAACGUGGCUAGGAUAUAUGAACAGUUUUGUGAACCCUGUCAUCUAUACCAUAUUUAACCCAGAAUUUCGCAAAGCAUUCAAGAAACUAAUGGCACUUGGUACGUAACAUUACUGGAUUCAGCAGCUUCGCUUUUGUGACCAUCUUCAGAGUUCCUCAAGAUCUCCCAGAGCAUUUCUGUCCACAGAGAUAUAAUAAAAAUGAAGGUUUGUAGAAAAAGUGGCAACUGACAUUCCUGUAUUUGGAAAGGGUGAAAGUUCUUUGAUGUAAAUAGCUUCGGAAGUAAUUAGUUUCUUAAAUACAUUCAUUUCAUGAAGGGAUGAAAGAAUUUCUGGGGUGGAAGAUUGUUCAGAUAAUGUUAGAAAGCCAAAGAAUAUCAAUUUUCUUCUCCUGGCAUCAUUUCCGUUUUUGUAUGGGUUGAACAAAUAGUUUCCAAACUCCCAUAAUCCUUUCUUUCUGUCUUUCCAGAUCUGUCCUCCCUUCAUCAUGUCUUCCAGUACCUGGCCAAACUGUUUUGUUGUGGAACAUCCCAUAGGAUUCUUUGCUUUAAGUUCUUGUUGUAGUUUCCUUUUUGCCAUGCUGAAGUCUAUAAUUUUAUUGCUCUCUCAUGGAUCCAUGCAUCACUUUCAUACAUUUUUAUUAGUUUAAAGUAUGCCUUAUAGAUUGUUAUUUUGCAUUGUAUUGGGAUCUCUCUGUUCUGUGACAUUCCUUUUAUAAUGUGAUAAAAAUUUAAAACUGUAUUUUGUUUGCCCAUUAAUCUCUCUGUUUAUUUCCUCUUCUGAAAUUUGGAAUGCUUUCAAAAUCACCAGAAGCCAAAGAAUGCAUGUAUAUUCAAGUUAAUGUGACUCCUGAAGCUUUUAACUCUUGUUUUCAUUAUAAUGACAACUGAAAGAGAACUAGUUCAAAACUUUUCGAAACAUGCAAGUUGAAGAAACACUGUAUACCACAUAAUGAUCACUGUGUUUAUAAAGAAAUGUGUCGCAUUUGCUGUAUGUUGAAUGUGAGUUUGCAUCACACUUUUCCUAUUGUGAAUAAUAAUUGAUGAAAGAUCUGAAAAAACAGGGUAUGAAUUCUGUCAUCCUGACCUAAGUUCAGUGUGCAAUUGUAUGACCAUUUCAAGGGGUAUGCUAUCAUCGUCAUCAUCAAUCAUCCCACAGCAAAACAAAAGGUAAUAAGGUGUUAACAGUUUUGCAAAGACUGAUGGUGUUUGAGAAAAGGGUGCUGCAGAGAAUAUGUGGACCCAAGAAGGAUGAAGUAAGAGGGGACUGGAGACAAUUGCAUCAUUAUCUGUAAUCUUCACCAGUGAUCACAAAUGGAGAAGAGGUGGGGCAGGACAUGUAGGACAUAUUAGCGAAAUAAAACAUGCAUACAACAUUUUGGUUUGAAUUCUUUAAUGAAAGAUUUCAGUUUUAAGACUUAGGCUCAAAUGGGAGGAUAGUAUUAAUAAAAUAGAUCUUAUACAACAAGUAGGGUAUGAAGGUUAGGGCUCGAUUGAUCUGGCUGAAGACAUAGACCAGUAGCAGGCUGUUGUGAACAUAAUAAUGAACAUUUGGGUUCUAUAAAAGGUGUGGAACUUCUUGAGUUGUUGAAUGAUCAUUAGCUUCUGAAGAAGGCUUGAGCUCCAUGGAGUUAGUAUCUUUGCAGACCUUCUCAUACUUCUUCCAUGAUGACAGAUGUAUAUUUGAUAAAUAUUAUAAAAUAUAAAUUCUGGAAUACUAUGUCUUCAUCUUUUUCAAAACCUUUCCUUGACACCGUACAAGACACUGCGGGUUCUACCAAAUUCGUCUAAAAUGUGAAAGAUACUAAAACACUGUAAUAUGCUUAUAACAGAAGUAAUCAUUUAUGUAGACUGGAAUAUGUUACUUAUUUAUUUAUUUGUGGUCUAUUUUAAAAAUCUGUAAAUAAUUACAUCUUCACUAACUUCACCGGUCUCUCGGUCUAUAUAGUUCGCUUGUGGACUCAAGCCAUGGUUUCUUCCUUGUUUGUUUUUGUAAGUAAUUACAUUUGAUGAGAGGAUGUUUAAUGAAUGAAAAUCUGGAAAAUAUGUGGGGGGAAGCGAUCAUAGCCUAAUUUGAGAUAUUAUUAUGACAUUUGCCAGAGGGUCUGAGGUCUCAGUUGGGAUAGUCAUUGUUGUGGCUGAUAUGCAAACAGGUCAUUUUCCAUAUACAAGUCACCACUUGAACUCAUUUGUUUGGCAGAUUGGAGUAGAAAACGUGUCUGAAACCAAUCCAGUUAAGUGAGCAAAAGAUUUAUUUGAAUUAUAUUGCACAUUCCUUGAAACAUUUAAUUUGUACACUUUUAUUUGUUGUUUUUACCUUGAUUAUUUUCAAUUAUCUCAAGAUUUACUUCCUAGAUGCAGCUUGUCAUUUCCCUGUCCUGGGAAUUUGGUACAAAGUUUGUCACUCUGGAAGAUUGGAAGCAAAAUUGUUUGUAAGAAACUAGGAACUAACACUACACAUCAGUAAGUUUCCCCUGUGCUGAAUGAAUUACCAUAUGAUGGGGGGCAGUGGAAGUGUAACUCCACAUAUUCUUAACGUUGACACUAGAACGAAAUGAGUGGUCAGCUUCACACAAUGGUCACUUCACCCACAUUGAACUAUUUCCUGUUACAUGUCGGAAUUUAGGCUCAGUGAGCCCAAGAACUGAUGUGGACACAUUAGUGAAGAAAAUGGUGUGCCCCUGCAGGAAUCGAACCCUCGUCGUCGGGCUCAUAGUCAGUCACUGUACUGACUGAGGUAUCUUGGGCUUCUGUUUGAGAAUUUACAUAUUUGAAAAUGUUCACUCUGAUUUCUUAAUAUUAAUAUUUUAGUCCUGUACAUAUAGGAAAAUUCUUAUGAUGCAGUAUUGGCUUGAAAUGAGGUUGUAUUUGAAACUUAAUUACCUUCUCAUUAUAUAUUAAGAAACAAAACAGUCACUCUUCAAAUCAAAUACAGAAAUGGUGUGAAGACAUGUCACAAUUGAUGUGCAGAUUUAAAAGUACCACAAAUUUGUGACUUUCUGAAUGUAUGUUAGUUGCACUCUUGGGUCAGUAUUUUCAGCUUGUAUAGAAGAUAGACCAGUUGGGAUUGAUUUCGUGGAUCCUUCAUAAAUUUACUUUAAAAUUUCCACAAUUUAAACUUCUUCAUAUAUUUAUAUUAGUAACUGUUAAGUAUUCUUCAAGUACAAUGCUAGAAAAGUUCUUGUGUAAAUAAAAUAAAAUGGAUUAUGGUCUUUGACACCAUAUAGUCAAUUUCAGAGAAACAUACUGCUUCCAUCUUCAGGUUAGCCAUCUCAUUCUGAAUGUAAAAACCUAAAAUUUCAUAUUGGGUGAAACUCAUUGACAAAAGUGUCUGUGUCUGCAAAAGGCAGUAUUAGCUUCAUUUUUUCUGUGAGUUUGUACGAUCUCACGGUGGUGAGUGUAAAGGUUAUUGUCUUGUGGGAUAUGAUGCCAUGCGAUCCAGUAAAUUGUUACAUCACAUCACUCAAGAGAGAGAGAAUCUCAAAUCUCAUGUUAUUAUUAAUAUUUGUAUACAGUGUUAAAACUUUGAAAUACAAGUAGAAAAAUAA